AUGGGCGGCGGCUGCCGCUGCCUACGUGCGGCGGGCGGCCGGCGGGGCGGGGCUGCGCGCCCGGCGCUCGCAGCCGGCCGGGGAGGCGCGCACGGAGCGACCCGCGCCUCGGUCCGCCGGCCCCGACAGCCCCGAGCCCCGACAGCCCGGCAAAGGGAAGCGAUGCCGAUGCUGGACUGCAGUCCAGAGUCUGGUCGUUUCAGCAACCUAUUUGAGACAGGAACUGGUGUGAACGCACCUGCAGAUGCCUCUGGUCAGUCUCCAGCUCACUUGGCUGCUUGUGGUGGUGAAGCUUUUUUUCUACUUUGGCAACUGCAGACAGGAGCAAAUUUGAACCAACAGGAUUGCCUUGGAGAAGCCCCGAUACAUAAAGCAGCAAAAGUUGGGAGUUUGGAAUGUCUUGCUCUCCUUGUUGCUGGUGAUGCUAAAAUUGACUUGUGCAACAACAGUGGACAGACAGCAGCAGACCUUGCACUGGAUUAUGGCUUUCUGGAAUGUGCCAAGUUCCUCAGGACAAUUCAGCACACUCAGAGAAUGAAACUGAGAGGACAGUCUGGAUACUCGCUAAGUGACAGACACGACUUGCAGAGAGAGGGUCCAACUGCACAGAAACAAGAAACUGAAACCAGCAGAUCCAUAACCAGGAAGAGGAGAAGAUCAGAUGAUCUUGUCUCCUAGCUGCCAGAAUAAACAGCUUGUAAUCCCAACAUGAAAUAAGGGGAAUCCAAAGUCUGAAGAACCAUGACUGGAUGAUACACUGAGCAAUCAGAUGUGUGUGCUGGGAUAUUGUCUCCUUCUGAG